GCUGCCCGGCCGGACUCCGGGGCGGGGCCAGCGAGGCAGGGAGGCAGGCGGCAGCGGUCGAAGCACAAACGGCGAGCCGUGAAGCGCCUGCCUUUGCCGCGAGGAGUUUACGUGACGCACGCAAGGCAACAGGGAACCGCCCGCGGUCGGCCCGUGCGCGUGGUAUGGUUCAGAGGGCGCGCGGGUCGGGCCCGUGCGUUGCCCCCCGCCCGCUCUUUGGUUCGCACGCCUGCCGGCGGGGCCUUCCACGCACCCCCCCGCGGGCGGCCGGAGUUGCAUCCCCGGCCCGCGCCUCCACCUUGGCUGGCGUGGGCGUAGACAUUGCGCGCCAAAAUGGCCCGCCCCCGCAUUAAUUCGCCCACAGUGGUGGCCGGGCGGGUCGGCGUCGGUCGGUCGGGCGAGCGUCUGUGGCGCACCAAGGCAAGGGAGCCGGGGCCCGCCGCCCCGCCCGCGCGCCCGCCUCCAUGCUUGCUGCCAACCAAGCGCGCGCCCGCCUCCAAGCGUCACCUCAGAUUAAUUAUUUUCGCGGCGCGAGUGCCCGUCCCGUCGUGGUUCGCUGGGUAUUGUUGCCGACCCCGCCUGUGCUUCCCUCAUUUCCCCCCCUGUGGGCGAGGGGUUGAUGCGAGCUACCAUAGCCAGAGCGUGUUGCCUCGUCCCCGGGGCCCAUUCCCUGCUGGUGUUUGUUGUGCAGCCACGAAGGAGCCACAGCCAGCUGUGUGCGAUUGCGAUGCCCCCAAAG